GCGAAUUUAUCAAUUACACCCCGUCUCUGUUCCUCGGCUCGACCGAGCUAUCAACUCACCAUUGCCAUUUGCACAACACCUUGAAAUCUUGAGUACCUUUUUCACCACCGGAGCUUCCCUUUUAUCAACGGUAUUUCAAUAGACGAAGCAGCUAAAUUUAGAAUGGGCACGGGUCUGACGCUGUACGGCAGCGCGCACUCGCCGUUCGUGCGUCGCGUGCUGAUGACGCUGUUCGAGACGGGCGUCGAGGGCUUCGAGUUCAAGGAGAUCCACACGGCCAAGGGCGAGAACAGGACGCCGGAGUACCUCGCCAUGAACCCCUUUGCCAAAAUGCCUGUUCUCGACGACAACGGCCAAUUCCUUUAUGAGUCGCGCGCCAUCAUGCGGUACAUCGCUGAGAAGCACGCAGAGAGCCACCCCGACCUGGUGGGGCGGGACGCCUUGGAGCGCGCGCUGGUAAACCAGUGGAUUGACGUGGAGGGGCACAGCGUGACGGAGCAGGUGGCCGUGGUGGUGGAGGAGUGCUUCCUCAAGCAACUCAUGGGCACUGGCGAGCCGGACAAGGACAGGGCGGACGCUGCUAAGGAGAAGCUGGCUCAGAUGUUUGACGUGUACGAGAAGCACCUGGAGGGGCGGGAGUACCUGGUAGGGGGGCGGUUCACCCUGGCGGACCUCACGCACCUGCCCUACACUGAUGUGCUCUUCCCUGCGGGCGCAGGGGACCUGCUCACCACGCGCCCCAACGUGGCGCGGUGGUGGGAGCGCAUCACCGCGCGGCCCGCCUGGAAGAAGGUGCAGCAGCUGGGGCCCAUCCCCUAGUGCUGCCGCUGCCUCUGCUUGCUUGUGUUCUUGUGGCGUGAUUAUUUUGAGUGAGUGCUAACAGUUGUAUUGUAUUGGUGCAUUAGCCCUGAAAGUAGUGUGUGUCAACAUAUAUUUGUAAUGUUAUAGGCUAGAUACAGUAAUCCCCUGUAUAGAACUGUUAAGACUAGAAAGAAUGAAUAGAAGAAGGGAGUAACA